GCGAAACAUAACGAGUUCCGUGAUUUGAUAAGAGUCUCGUUUAUUUUAUUAAACGUAAAACCAGAUCAGCUUGACAGUUCUUAAAAUGUCCCAGACGUUUUGCGUAUAGUACAACAUUUUAGAAUUUUAAUUAUUAGGAUUAAACACAACCGUCACACUGUUACCAUGGUAACAGAAGCAGCUAGCUUGCUAGCGUCGUAAACGGCUCGUCGUUUGAGCACUCGACAGCUAGCAUAAUUUAUAAUCUUUAAAAUAUAAACCAUAGACGCCCCACACUGAAACGACAAUGUAGGAUUUAUUUUUAGAGGAUGGACGAGACAUGCAAGGUGAUCAGAACCUGAAGCUCAGGUGAAGGACAAUCUGCUGAUGGAGAUGUGCCUUCACAGAGCAUGAAGAAAAUAUUCAACUUCAAGAAGAAGAAGGGCUCCCCCAGCCCCUCCGAGACGGGGAGCGUGCUGUCGGCCAGCUAUGAUGUGAAGGAGAAAGACCUCGGGAAGGUCCACAAGGCUGCGUUCAGCGGAGAUGUGGUCAAACUCAGACAGCUGGCCAAGAAGAAUGAUUUAAACCAGCUGGAUAAGGAAAACAGAACUGCGCUGCACAUCGCUUGUGCCUGCGGACACAGAGAUGUGGUUCAGUUCUUGGUGGAGAGCAAAGUGAAGCUGAACUUAUGCGACAAUCAGAACCGCUCUGCCUUAAUGAAGGCGGUUCAGUGUGAACAAGACCGCUCUGUCUCUUUGCUCCUGGACCAUGAGGCUGACCCCAACCUGGUGGACAUCAAUGGAAACACGGCACUGCACCUGGCCGCCCGUAUCCCCUCCCUACCUGUGACGCUGCAGCUCCUGGAGCACUCAGCCAACAUCAAUGUGCAGAACAAGGAUGGCAACACUCCACUGAUGCUGGCUGUGAUGGAAAACCAUGCAGACAUGACGGAGCUUUUAUUGAAAGAGGGAGCAGAUGUUAAUGUCAAGAACCAGGAGCAACGGUCUGCGUUGAUGAUAGCUGCAUGCAAUGGACAAAUCAGCAUGGUGCGUUUGCUCCUGCAGUACGAUGCCGACAUUACAGUGAAAGAUGAUAAGGGCUGGUCUUCUGAUGAUUAUGCCGUCAUGAAUGGACAUCACGCAUGUUCACAUCUGAUUAUUGAGCAUGGGACGAAGAGAAGAUCCCUUCAGUCACCUUCCCAUUUCACUGCCAGCAAAAAGAAACAGACGUCUGUGCUCGGCAGCCCUGGUGGUAUUGGGGCUGGUUUGGCUUUGGGAGGACCAGCUCUGGAUAAAGAUGCAGCAGGAAGCAGCUCCGCAGGAGCAAGGAAAGAUACAGAGGACCAUUCUCACACAGAAUCUAUUAGCAGGGCAUCAAAAAGUGGUGCUGCUGAUUCCUGGCCUUCAUCAGAUGAUGAUGAUGAUGAUGAUGAUGAGUUAGAUUUGAGCCCAAAGAAACAGAAAGUAAACUUGAAGCAACUCAUAAGCACCACAAAAAGGGAAAAAGUAGAAGGUGGGCAGAGUGAGUUAAAAGAGCUGCCUUCUGGCAGUAAACUAGAUGUGGAAGGCAAUGAAAGUCCAGAGGACGAAUCUGAAGAAGGUGAAGAUGAUGAAGGUGAGGAUGACGAUGGUGAAGAAGAAGAAGAAGAAGAAGAGGAGGAGGGAGAAGAUGAUGAUGAUGAUGAAAACGAUGAAAAUGAAGAUGAUGAAGAAGAUGAUGAUGAAGAGGGAGAUGAACAAGAAGAAACUGCUGUGGCUUGCGAGACAACAGGCCUUCCUGGGUUGCCCAAAACCGUGGCUAUUGGUACAACAGAGCAAUCAGAAAUGGCUAAUGAAAAUGUCUACCAACCUGGAUGGGACAUGAUGGAGGAUAGUGUCUCAGGAGAUAGUCCUCUGAAGGUCAGAACAUAUCAAGAAGAAGAGGCUUCAGAAAAAAUGGACAUGAAAGAAACAAUUUCUGAAAAGAUGCUUUUUGGAGGUCUAAUUCCAGGGAUUCUCAAUUUAGAGGAUGGCUGUCUUGUGUCAGCUGUCAGUUUCGAGGCGAGAUUCUCUGAUGAGGAGGACAACAAGGAGGCCAAUGAUAGUCCAAGUCCUCCCGCAGAAUGUGAAACUUCUUUACCAAGUGUGGACAGAACAUCAAACAGAAAUCCAGUUGAGAGCAAGAAUGAAAACCAAAGUGAUGAUGAUGUUUGGGAGGAUGAUGACGAUGAAGAUGAGGAGCUGUUGAAAACUGAGAAGAACAUUUUAGAAGUGGAGCCUUCUCAGGGGACAGCCAUUGAAUGUGAUCCACAACUCCUAGAUGAAACUGAUGAUGUUCCUCUAGGACAAAAUGAAGGAAUAACUGAUCUUGACACCAGCAAUCUGGAUGUGCCUUCAGCAUCACCUAAGUCAAAGGCUGUAACUACUGCAGAUGAUGAUGAGGAUGAUUGGGAUGAUGUUGAUGAGGAAGAAGAAGUGCAAACAAAGAUGCCACUGAACCUAUUUCUGACAUUGCUGGGACAGAAGGAACCAGAGAGCCCUGAGGUAUCUUGGGAGUCUGGCUCAGACAAAAGUGAUGGGAUGUCUGAAGGAGAUAAGGAAUCAAACAUGGAGAUGCCAAAUGCAGAAAAAGACCAAAAUCAAGAGGCUUUGGUUCAGGACGACAACACUUCAAGGGCAUCUUUAGAACCCAUUGAGCACCUUUCCCAGAGUCCUUUACAUGAAGAACCUGGGUGCAUUGAUCAGAGUGAUGACAGUGGAGCUAUACCAGUGUCCAUGAUUGUUGGUCAAAGUGAUGAAGACCAGAGUAUAAGUCAAGAGCACGACAGCCAAGUGAAGCAAAUGCAGUAUGACUUUGCAAGCGGCUCGGUCAAGGUUUCUGAAAUAGAUCAGAUCUCUGAUGUCUCUGACAAUGAAUCUCUGUCUGAAGAAUAUGAUGUAUGUAUUAAUGAUGCAGAUCUACCACAGGCUUCAUAUCUCUCCAAUAGUAGCCCAAAAUGUUCUGCCACUUCAAGUCCAGCACAAUUUGAAAAACCAUUGUUGAUGAGAUCUCUCUCAAAUAGCCCCAAACCAUUAAAUGCAAUGAGCCCCGUUCCAACAAGUCCUAGUCCUAAACACGCACCAAGUCCAAGGCAAUCUGCUGGACUCUGUCAUCAACAUUCAACUGCAACUAGUCCACAAAACUCAAGUUCCUCAAACCACUCACCAAGUCCCCUACAUUGUAGUCCAUCAACUCCAAUGAUUGUCCAUCUGGAUCAAGACUCACAGGACAUGAUCAAAUCUACAAAUCCAGAAUCUCCUCAACAUUCAAGCCCUGACUCUCAAGUUGAGGAUGACCUUUCCGUAGAGUUCGCAGAUGAACGCUCAACAGAGGUGAUUGAACCAGAACCAGCUCUUCAAGAAGAAAUCCCCUACACCGUCAUAGAUGAAGUUGAUCUCACUUCUGAUUCUGAUGAAGAUGAUGGUGAGGAACAACUUGAGAAGUUGCAUGAACAGAACUCUGUAAAUAAAUCUGUAAUGGAAGAAAGACGUUCAAAGCACGGAUCAUUGCAGGAAGAGGCCUCCACAGAAGAUGAGGAAGAGGAGGAUGAGAGGGAAGAACCGGAGGAAAUGUGUGAAAAGGCUAAAGAUCCUCAAAAUGGUGGUACUAGCAAAGAAAAGCGAAGAGAUUUCCUUUCAGAAUUGGGACUCGAAAAGGAAGAUGAAAAUGACGACUCUCCCUGGGAUUCAGAGUCUGGUUCUGAGAGCCCACGAAAGAAACAGGCCAGUGCUCCACACACUCCUGCCAAAUCACAUAGAUCUAUGUCCAGUAUUUAUGAGGAGUAUACUGAAGUUUUAAGAAAGGAUGAGGAUGAUGAAGAAGAGAAGGAAACUGAAAUACCACCUAAAGUGGUCAAAAGAGAGAUCGCGUCUGUUCUUAGUAAGCUGAUGGAUUCAAAAGAAGCUAAUAAGAAAACAGAUCUGAUGGAAGAGCUUGGUUUGGGGGAUGCUGAUGAUCUUGAAGAUGCUUCAGACUGGGACUCUGCCAGCACCACCAGUAAGGCCAGUAAGAAAUUCCCAGUUCAUAAGCUGGAUGAGGAACCCGUCUUUGAAAGCCCAGCAGCUUCCGGACUUCCCAUAACAUCCGAGGAACAGGGCGUGGACACCAGAGAACAUAAAGAAGCCAGUCCAGAGAGAAACAAACCCACAACCUCAAGCACAACACCUCUACCUAGUCCACGAUCUCUCAACCCAAACGCCAGCUCAAAACCACUGCCACUGCCACGACUGCGCUUGGACUCCAAUCAGAGGCCGGAGAGUGAAGAAUCGGACUGGGAUUUGGAAACUUCCAGUCCAGCCAAGAUGACAAAUUCACUGCCAAAUGUCGCUGAGCCUGAUACAGUUAAUCGGCAGGAACCCAAAGCUGAAGAUGUCGAGAGUGAAGACAGUUCUUACGCAAGUGAAGAUGCAGCUCAGGCAAGAGAGGCAUUACAAGCGUCUUCUGUAGACAUAACUAGGCCAUCUAACCUUGAACCACUGGAGCGCCCAACCUCUCCUAGAGAGGACGAACAAGAGGAGAAAGCUGAUGAGAUUCCCUGGGAGGAACGCUAUGAGAAAAUAUGGGUGGAGAACAACAAAAAGGAGACCAAGUCCCAAUACAGAAACGUGGCUGCUGAACUAAAAGAGAGGUUCGGAGAACUGGAGCACAAAGAACCACUGAGUGACCUUUCGGAGCAGGAGUGGAAAGAAGAUGAACAAGGUGAUGAAGAGGAAAAGAAAGAGCUGGAAAAGGAAGCAGAUGACGAAGAUUCCAGUGAGGAAGAGGGAGAGUCAAUAGUGCGGCCCAUCGCCCGGGCGAGAAGUGCCAUACUUUUGCCCAUCCCAGAGCAGAGAGAGUCCAGCCUGGAGGACUCGCAGUCUGAAAGUGUCCACCGCACGGUUAGUGUUGAGGUCAGCGAUGCAGAGCUUCCCAGUGACCAACACAACCCUCAAAUCAUCCCAGAAGCCCUAACGGAUGAGGCCCAGGAGCCAGAGAACCGAACAAAUAACACAGAGGAACCUGAGAGUGGAAGCAAAGAUAAGUGUCCACUAGAAUCUGCAAGCGAAAAAGAACCUGAAGAACUUCACAGACCUACAUUACUUGUUGAGAAUGAGCUACAAGUCCCACCCAAAGUUCUAGAAGUGCUCUCUUCUGACUCCAACAAGGUUGAUGAGGGCCUGUGGAAGUCCAGACUUGAGGGUAAUAAGGAACAGUUGGAUGGUAUGAGGGGAGAACAGCAGCCCAGUGCUUUAUGGGAUACUAGAGGAACCAGAGAACGAGGUGAACUUGACCAAGGAGAAGGGAAGGAAACUGACAACAACUCUGGGAACCCGAAACCUCAACAGGAAGGGAUGGCUGACGGCAGGUCUUUGGGAAGAGAGGGUAGUGUUUCACCAAGACAUCUGACAAGAAGUCCAAGAAGUACUGACAGGGCACGACCACAUGGUGAGGAAGACGAAGAGGAGGAAAAGAAAACUGUAGGUAGCCAAGCCAGAAAUCUCCAUGUAGCUCCUCCUCUGCAGGGCAAACCCUCCCGACCUGCGACCCACCAUAACGGAGACCUCGAGUCUGUUUUUGAUGAUAGUACUUUAAGUGAGCUAUCGGAAGAGGACAGGAGGUCCCCUUCUUCAAGGCGUAAGAAAGAGCAGAGUACUGGAGAACUGGAGAUGGCGGAUGAUUUUGAAGAUCUCACCCAGUCUUCUGACACAGCCACUGAGGAGCUGGAGACUCCAGUAUCUGGAUACCACAAUGCAUCUCUGCUCUUCAAACAGCUCGACUCCAGCUAUCUGGACUCUGUGAGUGUGGUGAAACUACAGAACAUGUUUCAUGAGUACGAACGCACCAUCCAGAGGGAGAGAGACAGACACAGCCGUCUGGCGGAUAAAACCUCUCGGCUGGAGCAGGAACGCAACGAGUUCAAGAUCCUGCUGGAUGAUAUCAGAGGCAGCAAGUCCAGCCUAGAACAUCUCAAACUGGAGCUGGAAACGGAUAUGAACAAUCUCAAGUUCCUUUUGAGACAGGAACAGGAAAAGCAUCAGAGUGCUCUCAUGCUGUAUAAUAAAACCCGUGAGCAGCUCCAGAGGAAAGAGGAGCAGCAGCGAGCCGAGGCAGAGGAGUGUCACAAAGCCGAGCUGAAAGUCCGCAGUCUGGAACUGGAGAUCAGAGCCCUAAAGAACAGCAUUAAACAGCUUGAGGAGGACAGGGAUGAGUCUCAGAGUCUUCUGUCUCAUGAGCGCAGUGCUCGCGCCCUACAGGAGGAGUUACUCAACAACCACCUGCGUAAGCAGCAGAACAUUGAGAAGGAGAACCUUCGAAACCUCAACAAGAGCAAUGAGGCCAUGUCCCAGCUUACAGAGGCAUCGGACCGUGAGCGAGAGUUGAUGCAACAAAACCGAGCCAUACAGGAUGAACUGAACGCCGCUCGGGCUGAGCUGGACCACUCACAGUGCCACAGCCGACAGGAAGAGUCACGGCUGGCGGAGGAGAGAGACGUCCUACGCGAGAGACUGGAGGAUGCCCGCAGGGACAUGAAACUGAGUGAGGAGGCCUUGGCUCAGACUGUGUUCCAGUACAACGGGCAGCUGAGCGCGCUGAAGGCCGAAUGCUCAGUGAUCACGGCUAAACGGGAGCACGAGAGGCAAGUGAGGCAGCAACUGGAGGCCGAGGCCGAGGCGAGCAGGGCACGACUGCAGGCGGCGCUGCAGGAGGCUGAGAGAUGCCAGGCAUCACGCACAGAUGCAGAGCGCACUCUGCAGCGAGAUCGUGAGGAGCACCAGCGGGCACAGGAAAAGCACAUCUUUGAGUCCAGUACACAACGGGACACCAUCCAGUCCCUGUCCCAGAAGCUCAGCAAGGCCGAGGCGCGCGCCAACAGCCUGGAGAACGAGUGUCACCGCAAUGCUCUGACCAUCGCUGAGAAAGGCGUACUGUUGGAGACUCUGGCCCGAGAGAAAGACCAGGCCCUGGCCAAACUCAAAGAACUGGAGGCCACGGUACUGAACGAACGGGAGCAGGCCAGCCGUGCUGGGGCCAGACAGGAAGCCAUGCAGGAGAGACUGGCCCAAGCUCAGAGCGAGAACGCACUGCUACGACAGCAGCUGGAGGAGGCGCUCAACAAGGGCUCGGCGAAGGAUAAAGCUGUUACAGAUGUGCACCAAAACUUUGCCGAAAUGCUGAACCAGUUACGUGCAGACGGAGAGGAGAGAGUCCACCUGGUGGAGGAGAGAAGCAAAGAGCUGGCAAAGACAAACAGCGAGCUGAGAGAUCAGAAUUACAAACUAGAGCAGGAGAAAGCUGAUAGAGAGAGUUCUCUGAGGCAGCUGCAGCAGGAACUGGCCGACUGUCUGAAGAAGUUAUCCAUGUGUGAGGCUUCUCUGGAGGUCAACACACGGUACCGUAAUGAUCUGGAGGAAGAGAAGGCACGCACACUCAAGGACAUGGACAGAUUGAAGGGAAAGCUGCAGGAGUCUGAGGAAGUGUACGUCCAGGCCGAGAGACGCAUCAGCCAACUGAAGAGCUCUCUGGACGACAAGGAGCGAGAAGCCUGCAGUACCGCUCAAAAACUAGAGGAGGCGCUAGCUGCUUCCACAGGCAAAGCGCAAACCAUUAAACAGCUGGAGGAGGCAGUGCAGAGGUUAGAGAUCGAGAACGCCAGACUGGAGGCCACAGCCAAACAGCAGACCAAUCGCAUCGAGGUGCUUCAGAAGGGCGUUCAGGAGGGCACUGUGCGAUCAGGCUCAUCACCUGGAGAAGGGGUCAGGAAUCGUUUGGAAGAUAUUGUCACAAACCUGCAGAGCGGUAAGAUGACGCUAGAAGAACAACUCAACCGAGAGGUACAGAAGCAGAGUAUGCUAUCCCAUAAUGCCCAGGACUCACAAGCACUGUGGGAGGAGGAGCUAAAGAGCCGCUCACGACUGGGACUCCGCCUCUCUGAGCUGGAGAAAGAGAAAGGAGAACUGACCAAUCAGAUGGAGCUCGAGAAGAAAAAGGCCAAAAAACUAGCCGAGCAGAAGAAAUCUGUGGACACGCGUCUGGAGCAGGAGAUGAAGAGAAACACUGACCUUCAGAAAGAAAUGUACAGGUUGAAAACUCUGUUGAAGACCGCUAAGAAGCAGCUGCGUGAACAGGGCGGUGGACAGCUGGACUCUCCUCUGGGCAGCUUCAGAGGAGACAUGAGCCACCGGCUGGAGGCAGAGAGCACCAUCAGCAGAAUGAAGACUCGGGUGGAUGAGCUGCAGUCUCAGUACGAGCGGGAGGCGUCGCGCUGCUCGCGGCUGGAGGAGGUGAACAGACAGCUGAAGGAGAAGCUGUCGUCUGUGAAGAGCCUGAGCCGAAGCCACGAGCAGCUGGAGCGCAGCAAGAGGCAGCUGGAGGAGGAGGUGGCCAGUCUGCGGCGGCAGCUGGAGGCCGGUGUGAUGGACCAGAGCCAGGCCGAGCAGUACCGCCGGGAGACGGAGGAAAGAGCCCGACAGGAGAUCCGACACAAACUAGAGGAGGUCAACCUCUUCCUGCAGACGCAGGCGGCGUCUCAGGAAGCUCUGGAGCAGAUGAAAGCUGCUAACGAGGCCAGUCAGCGCACUCAGCAGGAGCAGCGCAUCAGGGAUCUGGAGGGAGAACUCAGCCGUUUACGCAGCGUUCAGCAGGACAGUCUCGUUCAGAGAGACUCCAGCCACACAGAGUUGGAGCGCUACAAACAGCUGUACAGCGAAGAACUCCGCCUCCGCAAGAGUCUGGCUGCCAAACUAGAGAGGUCGAAUGAGCGGUUAGCGGAGGCCAACACUAAACUCCUGAGCGAGAGGCAGCGCAGCAAAUCUCUGCUCAACAGCAGUAUAGUGAACGGCGGUUUGGGGGGCCCCGCUCUGGAUGUGGCAUCUCUGGGCACCGUGGGGGCGUAUGGAGCCUCUCUGGGACCCCUGAACAGGAGUCUGGGCCUCGGGACGCCUCUGCUGGGUACGGUAGGGGAAUCGCAGAGCAGCCGCGUAGAGGCCUACCUGGCAAAGAUGCAGACGGAGCUGGAGAAGAACAUAUCGAAGGAGCUGGACUACGGAGGAACUGCCCGCAUGUCUCCCGUAGGAUCGGCCUCUGGAUCUCAGAACCUGAACCUGAACGUGACCCUGGAGCAGCCGGACCCCGUGAGCAGAGCCACUCAACAGUACCUGGAGGUGCUGAAGAAGAACUACAUGAUCUGACCCGCGGUCAGUCCACACACUGUGAACACAAUCAACUCGAGCGCCAUAACCCACUCGAGAAACACUGAUGGACCGCCCUAAAAGCCCUAUGGAUUUAUAAAACAGGAGUUUGUUUACUAAAGCAGUUAUGGUGCCUCUUUGUGGUCAUUAAUGGAACUGGUCCUGUUCUCCCAAAAAUUUGCUGGCCAUCUAAAGAUGAGUUUGUUUCUUCAUCAAAU